CAAUGUCCUCUCCACUCCAUCAAUCGGACACUGUUCUUGAAUCCCCGCCAUGAGGUAGUUUUCUGUCUGUCUUCGCCACAAUUUUGUCCAUUCAUUGUUCCAAGCUUCUUUCAACCUUAAGCUAAUCUCACCCAUCAAUAAUCGCCCCUCCAGACCUCCCUCAUCGGAUAUUCCUGGUUUCUCUCCACUCUCGACGCAGACAUCCUCUCCAUUGCCCAUCUAUUCUACCGUUUUUCCAAAACCCCAUCAACCUGAAGACCCUGCCACCAUGGUACGCAAUAUCGUUGUAAUCGGGGGCACUUCCCACCCGCAACUGACUCAGAACAUCUGCGGCGUCCUGGGUAUCCCGCCAGCAGACGUUCUCCUUUCGAAGUUUUCUGUGGGCGAAACUAGAGUUGAAAUCAAAGAAUCUGUUCGUGGGAAAGAUGUUUACAUCAUUCAAUCUGGUGGUGGAAAAGUGAACGACCACCUCCUGGAGCUACUCAUUACCAUCUCUGCAUGCAAGACCGCCUCCGCCAAGAGGGUCACCGCUGUUCUUCCUCUUUUCCCUUACUCUCGCCAGAGUGAUAUUCCUUACAAUAAGACUGGAGCGCCUCUUGUAAAGUCAUCGGUUCCUGGAAAGUCGGACUCCGCAAAUGGCUAUACUUUCGAGAGCACCCCUACAACCCCAUAUCCUGGGAAGCCUGAGAGUGGAAGUCUUCUGAAUGGUGUUGAUAACCUCCAGAAGAGCCUUGCAAAGGCUCAAAUAGAGGAUAUCAGCAACGGCAGUCCUGUGAAGAAGCGCCCGACUAGUGGACUCUCUCGCAGUGAAACUUUAGAUUCGCAGCCAGAGAGCAGCAAGGCUGCUGUUUCCAAUGGUGCUUUCGGCGAAGACAGCGUGAACAAAAUCAACAGUUUCCAACCACGCCCAGGCUACAAGCAGUGGGUGGCUCAAGCAGGCACACUGGUAGCUGAUUUGCUCGCCUGUGCUGGUGCCGACCACAUCAUCACGAUGGACCUGCACGAUCCCCAGUAUCAAGGAUUCUUCGAUAUUCCUGUAGAUAACUUGUAUGGCAGACCGCUGCUUAAGAGUUACAUUCAGCGGACCAUCCCCAAUUACAAGCAGGCUGUCAUUGUCAGCCCCGACGCUGGCGGUGCUAAGCGUGCCACAGCAAUUGCGGAUUCCAUGGGUAUUGAGUUCGCAUUGAUUCACAAGGAACGGCGUCCCACACGCAUCACGGACCGUCAAAAUGCCACUAUGAUGUUGGUUGGUGAUGUGAAAGGCCGUACCGCUAUCCUGAUUGAUGACCUGGCGGAUACUUCCAAUACCAUUACUAGGGCUGCGAAGCUCUUGAAGAAGGAAGGUGCCGCUCAGGUUUACGCUUUGGUGACUCACGGUAUCCUAAGUGGGGAUGCUAUUGAUCGAAUCAACGCCAGUGCCCUUGACAAGGUGGUAGUCACGAACAGCGUCGACCAGACGGAGCACCUGCGCCAGUGCCCUAAGCUGGAGGUUUUGGAAGUUGGCCAUGUCUUCGCUGAGGCUAUUCGUCGUGUCCACCAUGGCGAGAGUAUCAGUGUCCUUUUCCAGUACGACUAACGAAUCUAUCCAACAAUUUUUGAUGCGUUUUUUUUUAUCUUAUCCUUCCUCUUGGAAGGAGCUUUAGCAUGAAUCCUGAAAACCAAAAAAGGAGUGAUGAAAAUAACUCAUAUGCUGAAAUGUUUGAUUUUGUUGGACAACCCCCAGCAUGCUGACGCCCCUUUUCUAUAUUGGAUCUUUUUAUGACUAUACAAUCCCAUCAUCGCAUAUCACGUAACUGCGUUGAAUGUGUCGACCGAUUUAUGAAACCAGUAGAUAGGCUUCUAGGCCAAUCGACCGGACCUUAUUUCAGCCCCAUUUCAGCCCCUGUCAUCCCAAAUUUCCAUUUGCCGCUCGUUGCGAUUGUUGCGAUUGCUCAGGCUACUGCGUGACCUUUUCACUGCAUAUUUCUUGCUCUACAACUGCGGUUCUUCUUGGCAUAACACAAAACUGUGUAUUAUAAGGAGUUUUGGCCCUGACCACGUAUCUGCACGGAUACACUUGUACUAACUUUCAUACAAGCAUGACU